UGUGUGUAGUUAUCAGGGACACUGUAAUAAAAACUACACGUGUUUUUGUUGUUUUGAUUUCUUCCACUACAAAAAGUAAAGAAAAUUGUUAAAUUUUGUUGAAUUUAGAGGAAUAAUUGGCACUGGAAGUUGUGAGAAAUGUUCCUGAGGAACGUCAAAGAAUCCAGCUAUACGGAGGAUCAUAGAAUCUACGUAGGAAGCUGCGUGGGGGCCCUCAAAGAGUAUGAUCUUACUGCUGAGAAUCCCUAUAAGCCAACAAACUUCCAGAAGAUAUGUGACUUGGAGCUAGGCCAAGGAAUCAGUGCCCUGAAAUGGGGAAAUGAGGAAGAAACUGAAAUCCUUGUUGGGAGGAAAGAUUCCGUGAUUCAGAUCUAUGAUCUUCUAAGGAAUUCCUUGACAGCGACUGAAAAACUUCCCAAAGGAGAAGUUGUUAGCGUUUGUCGAGCAGAUGGGAAACUCAUUGGAGCCUCCAAUUUGGGACAGAUUUACAUCUUAGGUUCAAAAGACAAUGUCACUACCUUCACAGCUGGGACAGACAUAUCACGGAUGCGCCAGUGCAAGGAGAAUACCAAACUCCUGGCCACGGGGGGAAAGGAACGAAAAAAUAAUCUCAAAGUGUGGAAUAUUGAGCAGGAAAUACCGAUAUUCUCAUCUAAAAACGUUCCGCAUGACAAUCUUCAGCUGGAGGUUCCCGUGUGGGACUCUGAUGUGGAUUUCUUGGACAGUAGCACCCUUGUCACGGCAUCACGAUACGGAUACAUCCGGACGUACGAUAUACGGACACAGAGGCGCCCCGUGAAGCAAUUUGUGCCAAAAGAGGAACAACUCAGUUUCUCCUGCCUUGCCACGUACGAAAACCUCGUUUACGUGGGACUCACAACUGGUGGGAUUCGUGCCUUUGAUACACGAAGCCUUAAAUUCCCCAUUCACACGUACAAAGGACCCAGUGGGAGUAUCACUGAUCUCGCACUAGAUCACACUGGGAAGUUCCUUUGUUCCUCCUCCCUCGAUCGCAAUGUGAGAAUAAAUUCCACCAUUAACAACACAAUCCUCUAUCAGUGCUACGUCAAGACGAAACCUUCGAGGAUUCUCAUCAAAAGUCCCGAGAAAUCGGAGAAAUCAAUCAAAAAUGAAGAAAUUGCAGAGGAAUCAAUUGAAAUGCAGACAACAGAAGAAGAUUUUACAAAUGAUAAACUCCUGAAGCGUCUCAAGAGAAAAAGAAAACUUUCAAAUUAAUUUUCUGUGGAUUUUUAUUUAUUAUCUUCUUUUUUAAAUAAAACAUCCUUCAAUUUU